CCCAAAAGAAGUUGACGUCCUGUAGAUUCCUCCCCCGACCAUUCAGGUUGGGAGACACGGUGGAGUUCUGCUGCAGGUCGGGGGACACAGCUCAGGCAGAGGAUGCAGAACGGACCAAACAAACAGGACGAGGAAGGAAAAGGAAGAGAUCAUUGGAGAAGGGGAGAGGAGAGCUUCGGAGCGCUCCGUGUUUUCGGAACGGUGGAUUGUAGGGCAGAGGAAAACGGAGGCAGGGGCUAACCUGACAGGUACACAGACGACUCUGCUUGGAACGCCAAAAACAGCGCCAGGCAGACAACACUGAUCUGAGCUGCAGAGACUGAUGCACUCUUGGCCGUAAAAGACACACACUCAUGCUGACAGGCCAAGGGAAGGCAAGCAUUACCAAGAUAGAAAAUAGAACACAUCCCUCGGUGCAUCUGACCAAUUGUGUGAAUCUGCGCGGACAGGCUGUUUGACCGGAGACAAGCGACACAAUCGGAGAGAUGCAGAGGACGGACAACAGACGCGGAGGCACUAAUUCAACGGAAUAAGGUAGGGUUAAAGAGCGACGAUUCAACGGAGGAACGCUUCUGAGAACCAAAGAAGGGAUGAGAAGAGUGCGGUAGCACAAAUCAAAAUAAUUUGAUAAUUAAUGUUGCAAAUGCUGCUGCGCACUCGAUUUCCUGGAGUUCGAAUGAGUUUAAAGAGACUGCUUAAGUUGUUAUCAGAUUAAUUAGACAGGAGCCACUCAUAAAUCAAUCCAUUUGGAAAUCAAUGAAUCCAUAAUCUUGUGCAACAGAAGGACCAUCCCAGGCUACUGUUAAACAACAAGUAAUAAAUCAACAAGAUUAAGGUAGAAACAGGCUAUAUUCACAGAAUUCAAAAUGGAUGGGAGCCUUGGGGAAAUGCCUGUCCACAGCCACUCUGAGCUCCACAGUCAGGAUGGCAGAGCAAUGCUGCAUACCCGGGACCUUUCAGCUGCUUUCCCCAGGCCCUCCCUCGGGGGCCACUCCAUGUCCCUUGAGCCUGAGCACCGACCACCAGGUUUCGACCACUCCAUGUCAGCGCUGGGCUAUGGAGGAGAUGCUCCGUCUAGCUGUGGCAGCACCUACACCACACUAACCCCCCUGCAGCCAUUCGAUGACAAGUUUCACCACCACCAUCACCACCACCAUCCCUGCCUGCCGGUCAGCAAUGUCAUCGGGAGCUUUACUCUCAUGCGUGAGGACAGGGGCUUGGGCGGAAACUUCUACAACCCUUACAGCAAGGAUCUGGGGAUGACACAGAGCCUUUCACCACCUUCUACAGGCUCUGGCUUGGGGACGCCCAUGCACGGUUAUGGCAGCCUGGGAAACAGCCCUAAUGGCAAUGGUGGCCAGAUGCUUCCAGGUGGUUAUGAGGUCCACGGGGGCAACAUCUUCUGCCGGACGGCAGAUUUCGGCAGGGAAAUGUCCCCUCCCGGGCUGGGCAGUGAUUCUUCUGUCAGCCACCAGCUAAACAAAAUGGAGGCUCACCAGCACGCUCCCAGUCACCAUCCUCACAUCUACAGCCAGCACUACCAAAACCACCACCCCAGCCAGCAGUCCUCCAAGGCCGGGGAGCUCCCUCACUCGUCGUCCUCCUCGCCUGGCAGUGAGGGCAUGCUCCCUAGCUCCCAGGGCGGUGGAGGCGGAGGGGCUGGAGAGGAGAUCAACACCAGGGACGUGGCCCAGAGGAUCAUCACCGAGCUGAAGAGGUACAGCAUCCCCCAGGCCAUAUUUGCAGAGAGGGUUCUGUGUAGGUCACAGGGCACUCUGUCUGACCUCCUGAGGAACCCCAAGCCCUGGGGCAAGCUCAAGUCUGGCCGUGAGACCUUCAAGAGGAUGUCUCGCUGGCUGCAGGAGCCAGAGUUUCAAAGGAUGGCCUCACUGCGUCUGGAGGCCUGCAAACGAAAGGAGCAGGAACAGAGUAAACUGGAGCGCAACCAGGGCCCCAAGCGCACCAGACUGGUGUUCACAGACCUCCAGCGGCGCACCCUGUUGGCCAUCUUCCGGGAGAACCACCGGCCUGCAAAGGACCUCCAGGUCACUAUAUCCCAGCAGCUAGGUCUGGAGCUCUCCACCGUCAGCAAUUUCUUCAUGAACGCCCGACGCCGCAACGUCAACAAGUGGGUGGAAGAGGGCCGCCCCUCCUCCACGGGCUCCUCUGGCUCCAGCGUGUCCUCCUCUGCCGUAUCCUGCAGAACGGCCUGAUGGGAUACUGCUGGGCCAGGGGCUGUGGAAACCAAGGGCACAUGGACUGGUCUAGGCAGAGAUCAGUCGUAAUAAUGUAGUCCUCGUUAUCAGAGGGAGUGAGGAGUUGGAGUAUUUUAGUUUUUAGGAAGAAUUAUCACAGAGCAUUUCAAACCAAAGUUGACCGCUCCUUGAUAUUGAAGGAGUGGUACCCAGUAUAAAAUAUGACAGCUCGUAUGAGGUGAGUUCCUAUCAUUUGUAUAGUUGUGUCCGAAAAGUUGAUUUGACGUUUAACAAUGAAAAACCUUGAUUUCUAUUACAUUUUCCUAUCACAGUAAAUGUAAUUACCGGUAAUUUAGGUUAUAUUAUGAAGCUAUUAAUAAUCAGGAGGAAACAUUUUGUUUUGCUCCCUCCUAGAAUGAUAAAAUGAGAGGCAUCUUAACCUAGCAUAAAACCCCUCUUUAAACUUUUCACCAACUGUUAGCAGAUCUUCAUCUUUGUAUAUCCUUUGUUUUGCUGAGAAAUCUAGUGGGUCACAGAGAAUGACAAAUAUUGUGACAGAGCUCUAACAACCCAGCAUGUGUUAUGGGGUAACAUGGUUCACAGGAAUGCAGAGGUGUUCAUACUCUUUGGAUGAUCAGGAGGAUAUUUUGCUCUCCACUACUCAAAGUAUUCAAUCAUUACCUGACAAGAACCUUGACCAUCCUGUUACCUUUCUGGACAGUAGUACCACCUUGAAUGAAUCAAUGAGAAAUCUUGGUGUUUCACUUCAAAUUGGGAUAGAAUCAGUAAACAUGGGCAGAAUUUCCAGGGAUGCCAAGUCAAAGACUUUUUAUUGAGACCCUCCAGCUUUAGGACAUUGACUGACAUAACAAUCAAAAGCUCAGUAGCCAUUUUUACUCUCACCAAAACCCUUUGAACACAAUGGACGCAAAGGAAAUAAGUACUUGUGACACAAUGUAUAGUAAUGUUGUAGGAUUUUUUUCCACUCAUGUUUCAAAACACUUAACUGAACACACCUCGGCUCCAUUGCAAAUCAAUUUUUAUUUAAUUUUUUACAUAUGCCUAGAAAAUGGAGGAAUGUGAUUCUUUCAGCCCUUUUGUACAGAUUUCAAGCACAUUGCUCUAUUUAUAGGAAUACAUUGGAAGUGCGGGUUAUUGUUCGAGUCCUGCUAUGUUCAUUAUGGUUCCUCAAGGACAGUUUUAACACGUCUCCUUAUAACCAGUAUCAUUGGAGCAAGAAUUUAAAAUGCAAUUGUUAAACUGAUCAAUGUAUUUAUUACUGCAUUUGUGUAAUUUUUUUUCUCUAUUUAUUUGGUUAAUUAUUUAUGCUAUCUAUAUACUGUAAGUAUUUAUUUAAUAAUGCUUUGUAUGUCAGUGUGAAACAUAAUUUUUUUCUGAUGGGCACUUUUAGCUGUAGAAUCCCAUCGUAAUACCAAAGAUUAAGAUUGUCCUCCCUGAAUGUAUGACCUAACCCCUUCCCUCUCCCUGACCCAUUGAAGUUAUGUAUCUCUCUCUUUAAGGCCUGGCCUUUGUUUUGUAGAAUAAUGGGGAUUUCUUUACUCUUGGCAAAUGUCUCUGUGGUCUUAUGCAGAGACCAAGCUUGUUUGAAUGUUGUGGUAAUGUGACAUCUCAUAGGUUAACAGGCCACUUGUAAAGUUGUGUUCAAACACCAUUCAGCAGAGUGUCUGAAGUGUCCGGAGAUGUGCUUACGGAGCAUUUCAGGCUUUUAAUUAGGUGUGAAUCCUUCGAGACCCCGUGUGUCUGCCUGGGGUUCCCCUACACCCUCCCGUCUGCGUCCUGCUCAGUGUGAUUUCAUCCUUCAGACUCAUCCCUUCUGCCAGUCUUCUCAGUUCCACGUGUUCCUCCAGCGUUGUCUUGGUUUUGCUUCGGUGGGUAGUUGAAAGUGCAGAGCUUAGGCCUCUCCUGUCUUUAACCUCGGAAGGGGCGCGGAGCGGGGGCCCCCUUCACAGCGUGCACUUGUAAGACGGACGGUCAUGAAAGAGGCCAUCGACUUUUGAAGACAUCAAAGGGGGGCCUUUUCUUCCAUCUCCUCUCUGCGUGUCUGGGCUCCUGGCAAGACCUGUGGGCUCAGGGGCAUUCAGAAGGGCCGGGGAGAUCAUAGAGGUGGCUGACUCAUCCCUGAACAGGGGGCAGUGUUUUGGGAGAGGGGGUGGAAAGGCGCCAUAUAGGGUAGAAUUAAAGUUUAAUGAGCGACAAUUGUAAGCAUGCUGUGAGCGAGGGAGGGGGCCAGUCUGUGGCAGGGGACAUGAAAACACCAGCCUGUUCUCUGAGCUCGUCACUGUUGUUGUAUCAAAGACAAUGGGAUAGGUCCCAAUGAAACCUUUAUCCUCCCCCCUAUCCAUUUUAGAACACUCUGUCCUUUAGUCAUUGUCUGCUUUGUCUUGACAGAGUGAGAGAAAUACCCUUUGUACUGAGUGCACAGGUACGUCCGUCAACUUAGCCUGUGGCACCAUCUAGUGGCAUUUAUAGAACUGCAUCUCUAAAUUGAAGGACAGUCUAGAAUGCUUUUCGAGGGCCUGAAAACACAGGCAGAUGAUGAGUAGUGGAACAUAUACCAACGUCUAGCUAAUUAUUCCUGCUUACCCUUCAAAAACAGUUGUUGUCUUCUUCAAGUAGGGUUAUUAUUUCAUCUUAAUUAGAACACGUUAAAUUCACCGACAGUGAGGUUUGGUUUGGUGAGGUGUUAUAGUACUUUUAGGUUCAGCAUUUGCAGUUGGAACUGAGAGAGUGACAUUAGGUUGUGGCUGUAGAGGACGUCUUUUGACUAGUGACCUCAGUGUUCCCUUUGUCCCCCUGUGUACAUGAAGACUUACCCAUCUACCUCAGCUGUGAGUUGUUGUGUGGCAAAGAUGUUCCUUAACCAAAGAUUCCAUACUGUCAGGGUGUCUGUCUGUCUGUCCAUCUGUCAGGGUGUCUGUAUGUCUGUCCAUCUGUCAGGGUGUCUGUCUGUCCAUCUGUCUCUCAUGCCUUUUCAAAAAAAAAAAAAAUGUGCUGGAAUCAAUCUGCUACAGGAGCAAACCAAGCCCCAUCCAGCGAAAGCAUAGUCCAGUACACUAGAUAAGUCAUAUUCACAGUCUGUAUAAUCAUUUCCAAGACCAAAAAAGGAGGCAACAGUCCAAGCAAGGAGGAUCUUGCUGUAAUCAUCGUUGCCUAUUCCUUGUACCAAACUAGAAUCAUGUGACUUCCUGUAACGGUUCUGAAAGCCCAAGAAUUGUGUUCAACCAAAAACAAAAGGUCUAGAGACUAAAGCUAUUUUUUCACAUUUGUAAAACCAUUUCCCCUUUUCCAAGAUGUUAGUAUAGAUAAAAUACUGUUUGAUCCCACUGUUGUAAGUAGGAAUUAAUGACUCCAUACAAAAGCUUUAACUAGGCCAAGUUGAGGGAAAUAUUGCAUUUGAUUUCUGACGUCUGGGUUCCUCAACUUGGUCUCACCCACCAUGCUUAUUGUGCCAUUCUCGUCCAUGUGUUAGAUUAACUAAUGAAUGUGGCUAUCCAACCAAAGGCUUAAAACACAACACUUUAAACGUCAAUCAUGGUGGGACGUUUUAUAACAACAACUAAAGAGAAUCCCUUUGAAUACCUCAUGUGAAAUUGUUUGUUGUGAUGUUGCACUAAAAAAUAAAAAUGACUCAUUUGUAACCCAACAGUAUUUUUGGUUUGCUGACUUAAUGAUGCAUGGAAACACACAUUUGAUUACAGGAUGUAGAUCUACGUACAAUGGGGAGAACAAGUAUU